AUGGCUUUUGGAAUUGAUUUGAUCUCCGAGAAUAGCCAAUUCAUAUUCUACAGCAUCUUGUUCAGUAUAUGCACUUUCAGCAUUCUUCAUUCAUCUCUACGCCAGUUCCGAACUCCUUCGAAGCUUGACCGAUGCAAUGGGCCGAUUAAGAUCGAACGCCAGCGGCCUCACAGGCCAAAAGCCCCUUCUACGGAAAAUUGCGAGUGGAUAUCAACGAGAGAGCUAGAAUUCUACAAAAAUCUCUAUUUCAAACUUCAGAAUUUGGAAGAGCACCCCGAAGCACUGCAGAUAGCACGGCAAGUCUUCCUAGCUCUGCUCUCACAGGCAUUGGAAGAUGGUAAAAAGUCGCCGGACACAAACAUACUGUCGAUGAAGCACUUCAACAAAGGCGAUCUUGCCGUAUUUAUUCAAGUCGUCGACAAUCGGGGGGGGCCCCGUGCGUUAUUCCAAGAUCAUCAAGAGGCCGAGGACUGGCUGAGGAAAAUUGCACCGCUGAAGCUGGUUGACGGUGCCUGGCUAGGUCAUUUAAACAAGAUCACUAUGCCUUUUUCGUUGAGACCCAUCAUAAAGGAAACAUGGCAGGUGUUUACAGAGGAGCUUGGGAAUGGAAACCGCGACCAACACCAUGUCAAAAUCUUCGAGGACCUACUUAGGGAAUUUGAGCCGGAUCUACCUUCGCCAACAACAAAGUCUAUUUUGCAUCCUCGAUACAAACUGGGCAAUCUCAAAUAUUGGAGAGCGGCUGUGGCUCAAUUGAUCGUCUCUCUCUUCCCGCAUGAAUUUCUGCCUGAGAUGCUUGGGUUCAAUAUGCAUUUCGAGUCCCUGCAAUUGGAUACUAUGCAGGCAGCGAAAGAGUUGCCAGAAGUUCGUCUUGACGCAUACUAUUUCUUGCUUCAUGUCUCAAUUGAUAAUGGCCACUCGGGUCAUGCUGCAAUGGCCAUGGAAAGCGUUGCGAACUACAUCCGGCACGUUUCUGAGACAGAGGGAAAGGUGGCUGCUGAGGUUGCCUGGAGGAAAGUCCAGGCUGGAUACAUUUUCAGUGAGUGGCAGUUUCAGAAUGACAGCCAAUCAACCAACAUCUUUGCACGACUCAGUGAUAGCGCUCAUGAUGAAUUGGAGAAAAGAGUUCUCGCGAUAUUCAGCUCAAAGAUCCAGGCUGCCCAUAGACUACAUUGCGGCAGCCGGGUCAAAAUUGGAAAGCGCUCGCUGGCUGAGUGGCUUGAGCCUGAACAUUUUCUGGCCCAGGAUUGGCAACAAGAGUUUCUUCAAUCAUUGAGCACAUGUAGACCUUGGGUCUAUCCGGGAAAUAGCCAGAAGAGCAAACUCGCUCAAGAGCUUCGAUGGGGUGGAAAAAUGUACGGGGCAUUCACGAAGAACGAGCUUGAAACAUUUGAGCUCUGGAUCAACUCUCUAGGCUCUGAAGAAAGCCACAUUUACCAUUCCUUCAUUGAUUCUGAGCCACAUGCGAAGUAUCAAAUAUCUAAUACAGUGAAUCUCGACACGAGCGGGGGGAAUUUUCUCGCGGUUGGAAAUGAGGAUCUUAAAACUGCACCGGCAGUACCUAAAGAUGUGGUAGGGAAUCAUUUGAGAGGCCUUCGAGCAGAUAUCAACUUUCCCUCAUUACUACCACUUUGGUUUACACAGUGCUGCCUCUUGGAAUCCUUUGUCUACUCCCCAGGAAGAACAACUGAUAGUAUCGGCUGCGCUGUGGUACGAUUUCUACGGGCCCAGUCCGGCUUCGAGGAGGAGGAUUCCAAUGUGACAGGAAUAGAUGAGCCUCGAACGGCAGAAAACGGAGGAAUUGUUGAGUUUGGUCUGGAAAUCAUGCGACAAUCAUCCCUUCCAGAUCCUCAGAGUCUAUACAACCUUUUGUCUGUCUGGCCGUCCGAGUUUGCCACGAACAUGCUCAGUCUAGCUUCCAGACCCAUUCAAAACUUUGGUGUUCUAUUGGGAAUGUCCAUGGCGCUUCUCGAGUUGCAAGAGAUGGUGUCAGAAUAUUCCGAUUCUGUUUUACUCUGCCCAAAGAGCAGUGAGCGGCUUGCAUCACUCGCUCGUCGACAGUACCAGUGUUUGCAGAUAUGCCUUCAGGAGAUUCCCACCGGAGAUAAUCGUCAUGUUGACUUUGAGCGUGGGUAUGUUAUGGCGAAGGCAGAAAUUCAAAAGUGCUUCACGCGGAAGGUGUGA